UCCUCAGGGCCAAGAACGUUCUCAGUAAGGUCGUCGCGUUUGAGUGACGGCAGCGCCUGUCAGUCAUGAGCUGGUGCGUGUCCCGUGUGUCCGCCGCUCUCCGGAGCCCGGUUGUCCGCCGUUUGCUCAGCCAGAGCAGCAGUUCCCGGGAGCAGCUGGACGCGCUGGUGAAGAAGGACAAAGUGGUGGUGUUUAUAAAGGGGACGCCGGCGCAGCCCCUGUGCGGCUUCAGUAACGCGGUGGUGCAGAUCCUGCGGAUGCACGGGGUGGACGAGUACGCGGCCUAUAACGUGUUGGAGGACCAGGACCUCAGGCAUGGGGUGAAGAAUUACUCGAACUGGCCCACCAUCCCGCAGGUGUUCCUGAACGGGGAGUUUGUGGGGGGCUGCGACAUCCUCCUUCAGAUGCACCAAAACGGAGACCUGGUGGAGGAGCUGAAGAAGAUGGGCAUCCGAUCCGCCCUUCUAGACGCAGAGCCGAGCCAAGAGAAGAAGUAACCAGCGCCGGCGGCUCCGCCUGCGCUGUGAACUGUUUCUAUCGAAGCCUUACGAACUGUCCUGUCGAUCCUGCAGGAAGCAAAUGUCUCCUUCCUACUGGGUGGGUUCUUCCUAUAGCCGCACGGAGAAGGAUUGUACGCCUGUCCGACACUGAUCACACUAGAGCAGAAAUAAAGUCUAAUUCUAUAGUAAAAUGGCCGCAGCGUCUGUCGCGACUUCUGGAGGAGAAGUUGGCUACUUCACUGUGCAACUACACCUCCCAUCAUUGCCAGCUCCAGGAAGAGAUUCCGUCAAGCCCAUCACUGCAUGGUUAAGGGAGGAUUGACUGCCAGGGAGAGCGUCCAAGUGACUAGGUGACAUCCCAAGCCAAUAUGGCCGACAGUGUUGAGCUUAAGAGAAGCGAGAUUUCAUUCAUGGUUGUCCGGAUGUAAAAACAAAAAUGCUUUCUUCCAGAAACAGCGCCACACCGGUUUGCUGGUUGUAUAAGGUAUUGCAGCUCAACCUAUUUACUUGAGGCAAUACCAGAAUAAUUCAGGAGGUGGGUAAUCUAAAAUUUAACAUUUAUUGAUAAUGCAAAUAAAAUAUAGAGUAAUUCCUAGAUAAAGUGUGCAAUUGCAAACCUUGGGAUAGAACGGGUUGGUAUACACUGACAUAAGCCUAAGUGUCCAUCCCAAAUGAAAAAUACAUAUAAACACUUAAAUAGUGCACGGCGGCACCAGUAACCAGUUGUCCUACCGGUACCGUGAGACAGGAUACGGAUCGUUCACCCCCGACAAUGCUCCUAUGGAGGCUUCAUAAAUGUUGACAAAUGAAAAAGAUGGUGUCAGGCAGUGAUACACAAGAGUGCAGGGUCCCUGUAUAGGCCCUAUGGUUGACUAACAAUUAUUUCCCUAAUUCUAAGUAUAGGUAGCAGCCUCACCACAGGGCACUCGUCCUUACAAGGACGACCCCGUCCGGAACCUGUCCCUGAAAGAUAGUACUAAAUUUCCCUAAAGGAUCUAGAAAAAAAGCUCCCAGAAUACCUGUGGGGGGUCCGCGCUGAAUAUUUAUGCGUAAUAUCACUAAUGAGAGAUGAGCCCGGGUGCGAAAGUAACUACAGCUGGCACCAGGCGGAUUGUAUGAAGUAGGUUGUGGGAAAUAGGCCGAGUCCGCAAGCCACUGUAAUAUGGUGGAGUGGGUGCAGGAGCUGUGUCCUCAUUUGGAGGUGUCGGCUGGGACACAAGAUAGAGGGUAACUGAUCAGCAGGGGUCCAAUGGCUGGGCCCCCCGCCGCUCAUGAGAACUGGGGCCUAUUUGACUGGAGCGCAGUGGUCAUGCAUAUGCUUCCACCGCUCCAUUCAACUGUAUGUGAAAUAGGUGAGUACAAGCGCCCAGAAGUGUAUGUGUGUGACGGAUGCUCAAUUUAAAUGGGGGAGGGGGGGGAGAGUGGGCCCCCAUUCUUGUGAUCUCAGCGUCGAUCAGACAAGUUUUUACAAAUGCCUGUCCCCGCGUUGUGCGUGCUAUUACAGCUCAGUCCCGUUCACUUCAAGGGAGCUGCAAUACCGGAGGCGACCCAUGGACGGGGCGGCGCUGUUCUGGGAUGAAAGCAUCGGUGUUCUUGUAAUCCUGCACAGGAGGAAAGCUGCGGCAGGGCUGUCCCUAAAUGUCCCCUGCAGAAAUCGGCGGCGCUCGCAGCCUGGAGCAGUACGGGUCGGAUACAAAGUUAUUACCAUUUUAAGGAACUAUUCCUCUACAACAGGGAUACCCAGCCUGCAGCUGUUGCAAAACUACAACCCUCAGCAUGUCUGGACAGCCUACAGCUAUUGGGGCAGGCUGGGAGUUGUAGUUUUGCAACAGCUGGAGGGCCACAGGGAGAGCAUCCCUGCGCUACAACAAUUCCUUGCAGUUCUGCAUGACCAGAGGGGGCACCUGCAGAGACUGUCAUCCUGAGCAUCUUUGGGCAUGAAUGGAACACCAGAACUACAGUGAAAACUGACACGGCUUGAGCAGUAGGGGAGAGAGUACGGGGGUAUUCUAUCAAAGAUGCUUUAUAUUUUAUAUACUGUUCUUAUGGGAUGCUGGGUGAAAACUGUAAAGGUCGCUGGUAAUGGCUUCUGAAGAUGUGCAAUUGCGCCCCCUCUUGUAUCAAAAUAAUGUCAUUUUUGGUGCUGCAGAGUGAGCGCCGUUAACCUCGUGUCGCCUCCUGAUGUGUAAUCAUCCGGCCGUACUUUUCUAUAGCUCAGUGUAUGCGCUGAACUGUUUCAUUAAAAAGGAUCGGGCGUCCACAUUGGGCCUAA